GUAACUCAAAUCUCAGGCACUCCCAUGUUUAAAUCCCACAAAUCUCCUCUCUCUUCUCAAUCAAGUUUUCUUAAACCCCAAAGUUUCUUCCUUUCUUUCUAAUGAUUUUUCUUCCUGUUUUUUUAUUCUUGGAUUUGAAAUUAACCCAUUUUAGCAGUAGUUUUAUAUUGUUUUUUUUAUUCUUCAACUCCACCAUGAAUGCUCCCUUGCUUCUUUGACACCUUUUUCUUUGUUUUUAUGUUAUCUCUCUCUCUCUCUCUCUCUCUCUUUGUUGUUGCCCAUCAUUUAAAACUUAAACAAAACUGACCUACCAAGCAAAGGAAGCCAAAAGCACUCAACAUGGUCCACCACCAUUGGACAUGAAUACCAUUUUGCUUGAAAAGCACACCUCUAUAUUCUUCUUUACACACCUUUAGCAAUCAGCCCCCCUUUUUCCCUCUCUGGAUUUUCAUCAGUUUUCGAAAAUAUAAACAAAUCCCAGAUUUUAUCUUCCUUUUAAAGAUUCAAAUGUGUAAAGUUCCGGUUCAACAAGACCAUGAAACCAUGCCAAGUUUCGAUUUUUGCACAAGGUUCAAGCGUUUCAAACUCUUCGAGCCAUCCGUGGGUGUUCUUGGCUUCUUCCUCGUUGCUGUCUGUGUGAUUUGUUGCUUCUUUUACUUGGAUUAUAGAGCUGUGGCUAAAGGGUAUAGGGUUCCUAAUGAGAGUGAAAGAUUCAUGUGGCUUAAACUAGACGGGUCUUCUUCUUCUUCUUCUUCCCCUUCUUCAAUAAGUGAGGUUAAUAGAGUUGAUUUCUUGAGCCUUGAAGGUCAAGGGUGUGACGUGUUUGAUGGUGAUUGGGUCUGGGAUGAAAGUUACCCUCUUUACGAAUCCAGAGAUUGCAGCUUUCUUGAUGAAGGCUUUAGGUGUACUGAAAAUGGACGGCCAGAUUUGUUCUACACCAAGUGGAGAUGGCAGCCUAAGCAUUGUAACCUCCCCAGAUUUGAUGGAAAAGUGAUGUUGGAGAAGUUGCGGAACAAGCGGUUGGUGUUUGUCGGCGAUUCGAUAGGAAGGAACCAAUGGGAAUCACUCCUCUGCAUGCUUGCUUCUGCGGUUGAUGAUAAAGAUUCAAUAUACGAAGUGAAUGGAAAUCCGAUUACAAAGCAUAAAGGGUUCUUGGUAUUCAAGUUCAAGGAUCAUAAUUGCACUGUGGAGUACUACCGGUCUCCGUUCCUCGUCUUACAAAGCAGGCCGCCCGCCGGGUCUCCUCAAAACAUCAAGACAACCCUUAAGUUGGAUCAAAUGGAUUGGAGUUCUAUUAGGUGGAAAGAUGCCGAUUUCUUGGUCUUCAAUACUGGCCAUUGGUGGAAUUACGAGAAGACUGUUAGAGCGGGAUGUUACUUUCAAGAAGGGAAAAAGAUCAAAACCGAGAUGACCGUAGAACAAGCAUAUCGAAGGUCUUUACAGACUGUGAUGGAGUGGAUACGUAACGAGGUGAACACAAGUAAGACCGAGGUCUACUUUCGCACAUUCGCUCCCGUACAUUUCAGGGGAGGAGAUUGGAAUACUGGGGGAAGUUGCCACCUCGAGACACUGCCAGAGCUUAGAGUAUCAUUGGUGCCAACGGAAACAUGGGAACUUCUCGAUAUAGUAAAGGAGGUGUUAUCAACUCACUCGAAUGCAUCUAACGGAACAAAACUCGACAUAUUAAAUGUUACUCAAAUGACAGCUCCAAGGAAGGACGGUCAUGCAUCGCUGUAUUAUUUAGGUCCCAAGGAAAGCCCCGCUCCGAUUCAUCGGCAGGACUGCAGUCAUUGGUGCCUACCCGGAGUACCCGACACAUGGAACGAGCUAUUCUAUGCAGUGUUCCUUAAGCAUUCUAGUAAUCAGGCAUCCAACUCAUCGACAUACAAAGCAAAGGUGUGAUCCAUUGUUGAAGACACUAAUUUAUACACCAACUAUACAAAAGAAUUUU